AUGUCGGAAUUCUUCCGCAGAGCGUCUGACGCGUUCCACCAUCGCCCGCGCCAAGACUCAACCGACUCAACCGAUAUAAAGUCUCCCGACACAGCAAAGGCGCCCGAGCAAGAGCAACUCACUCAAAAGCCUGAGUCUGCUUUGCCUGACUCUCACAAUAACAAUCCUACUUCUGGUAUAGCAACUGGUCUCACAGAGAAUGUUACCCAUCCUAAGCAACGUCAUCUUUGGGGAUGGGAUCACCGCCAAGGAAAAAAGCCCGAGACAAAACAGCAAUCUCGCCAAGAGCAAAAAGAAAACACUGACUGGAUUAUGGGCACCUAG